AUGUCACAAUUGGAGAAUGCAAAGGUGAUGCAAUCUGGUGGAGGAGACAAGAUCACUUUGGUGCUGCUGGGAAAAAACAGCAACGAUAAGUCUAUGAUAGGGAAUACCAUAUUAAAUGCAAACUGUUUCAUAGGUAGUAACAACAUAUGUACAAGAGCUGAAGAAAGAGUAGAUGAUCAGAUGGUCUGUAUCAUAAACACUCCAGACCUAUUCCACCAAAAUAGAGAAACAGAGGAGAAUAUAGAGGAGAUAAAAACCCUAUAUCCAGGGCCACGCAUGUUUCUUCUGGUUCUGCAGAACAAACAGCUCUCACAGGAAGAGAUGUCAAUGUUCAACCAACUGAAAGCGGAAUUUGGAGAGAAAAUGGUGGAAAAUACUGUCGUAGUGCUAGUUAACAAUCAGGAGAAUACAUCUGAAGAACCAUAUGACCACGCAGAUGAGAAUCUCAAAAAACUACUAGAUGAGUGUGGACGGAGAAUGUGUGUUCACGACAACAAAAAUGCUAACAAGCUGACCAAUCUAGUUGUGAAAGAAUGGAAGAAAAUACAUGAAAAGCAGGUUAAAGAAUCAAGCAACUCCGCACUUGCCGAGAGGUAA